AUGGCUGCCCGACCUCUUGUGAGCUUGGUUACAGGGGCGGGCUCCGGCUUUGGAGCCUUGACAGCUCGAGCGCUCGCAAGAUCAGGCCACACCGUCUAUGCUGGCUUUCUCCAGCCCAAUGACGACAAAACUUCGGUGUAUAAGGAUGCUGCAAACUUCGCUAGAGAGAACAGCUGCCAGCUUCGAGGCAUACAGCUCAAUGUCGUCAAGGACGACUCGAUCAGGAAGGCGGUCGACAAGAUCAUGGCCGACGAGGGAAAGAUAGACGUUGUUGUUCACAAUGCCGGACAUAUGAACUUUGGACCAGCCGAGGCAUACACGCCAGAACAAUUCUUGGAGAUGUACGAGGUCAACUGCUUAUCUUGUCAGCGCAUUAAUCGAAUUGUCCUGCCGCACAUGAGACGGGCCGGAAAUGGACUGCUGGUGUGGGUAUCGUCCAGCAGUGCUCAUGGGCCGAGCUCCCCGUUCCUGGCACCAUAUUUUGCAGCAAAGGCUGCCCAAGACUCCCUCGCACAGACGUAUGCCGUGGAGCUUAGUCAAUUUGGCAUUGAAACGUCGAUCGUUGUGCCCGGCGUUUUCACAAAAGGCACCAGCCACUUCGCCACAGCGAUGAAGGCCGAAGAUACGGCAGUCGAAAAGGAGUAUCUGGAAGGCGCUCUGAAAGGGUGGGAUCAGAUCAGUGCCGAAGGCCACAGCAAGAUUGUUUCACCGGACGCUGACCCUGGAGCCGUUGCUGAAGCUGUUCGGCGCGUGGUUGACACAGAACAUGGCAGGCGCCCGUUCAGAGUGCAUGUUGAGUACGACGGAGGGGGUGCAACCAUCGUCAACGGCGUCCGUGAUUUGGUGAGGGAGACAUUUCUCACCAAGCUGGGCCUAGCAGACCUACUGAAGGUCAAGAUAUUCAAGUGA